AUGCUGAUGGGCAACGCUAUUUGCAAAUUCCUACAGCCGUCUAUAUAUGAGAGCAUCAUUCGAAUAAAGAAAUAUCCUUACCUACCCGAUUUACCGCCAUCAAGAAUCAGUGUUCACACGGUGAAGGUCGAGCAGGUCAUGGUCUGCGAUGUCAUCUACAUCACAAAGGACAUGACGUAUCGGGAAAUGAAGGAAAUUCUCCAAAUGGCUCCUCAUCUGCGGAGUUUCCCAAUCGUUACCGACCAUGAUAACAAAAUCCUUCUGGGAUCGGUAGCGAAACGCUACCUUACCAUGCUUCUGCGGCGACAUGUACUGGUCACUCAACAGGACAGUCGGGCCAGUGUUCGUAUGACUCCUUCGGAGAUCUUCAACACAAUCCGCAGGACCAGCAUGAGGCUCUCGAAGAGGUCACCGUCACGGAGAUCGAAAGAUGCGAGGGAACCUGACAGCAGCCGAAGUGAGAGCGAACCACUAGAAGUGGUGACUGAUCGCAGCUACAGCGGCAACACGCUGCUGUCAAUUUCGCCACUGCAUGCUCCGAACACUGUUCCAUUGCAAGCUGUCUUUACGAGACCUUCUUCAAACGAGCUUCUGAAGGUCAGAGAUCGAGACCCCGAGGCGCUUCUUGAUCGUACAAUCGAUCUCGAUGAAAUCGCUAUCGAUGCUGCUCCAUUCCAGCUCGUACUUGGAUCAUCACUGUACAAGGUGCACACCUUGUUCAGUCUUCUGGGUCUGUCGCACGCAUAUGUCACCGACUGCGGCCGACUUGUUGGCGUUGUCGGUUUGAAAGAGUUGCGAGACGCGCUGGCUAACAUCUACGUGCGAGGAGCAGUAGUUCCAGAAAGGAAGCUUACAUCAGCAGCCAUCAUCGCCAGGAAGGAAAGCGCUGGAACUCUGAGCAGUGCAACAGUAACAAAUGGUAGUGUCGUGAAGACUGAACAAUCCAAAUUCGGCAACAAUCUCACCGUUCCGGAAUGUUUGUGA